CGCACUUCCAUUCGCUUGAUGUGCCUUAAAACAUUUCACUCGAUUUUCGUAACGUGACUGGGAUUGUAAAUAAAGAUGCUUUAAUGUUGUGAGACUGUAUGACAGAACAUCACAGGUCAAAGAUGGAGCUCCAGAUCUCCUUCAGAGUCCGUCAGAACCUCCUCAUCACAGUGGCUUUGUUGAUAUGUUUCUCAGCAAUAUUCUACACGUACUACAAGCCGACCGUAAACUGGCUAAAAUGGCCAAUCGUUUCCAGAUCUAAUUCUUGCAGCGACAUCUGCAUCAAAGCUCUUAAGAUGCCAAAUCAAAUGGAAAUAGUGAACAACACCUGUAUGGUGAACUUCACCUCUAUCAAAAUCCUGGUAACACAAUCAGAACCAGUGACACAGACUGAUCCAGACACCAUCCUCCUGAUCUGGAUGUGGCCUUUCGGGCAGAAGUUUGAUUUAGGUAUCUGCAGUUCACAGUUCAACAUCCACGGCUGCCGCUUGACAAACGACAGGAGUCAGUUUAAAAACUCACACGGCUUUUUGUUUCAUCACAGAGACAUCCAUGAGGACGACAUGCCGACACUGCAGCGACCUCCGUUCCAGAAAUGGAUCUGGAUGAACAUGGAGUCUCCCAGUAACUCACCACCGCGUUCAACUCUAAACAAUCUGUUCAAUCUGACCACAACUUACAGACAAGACUCUGACAUCAUGAUCCCUUAUGGGCGAAUCUUAGAGAAAACUGGUGGGAGCACAACUUUUAAAAUCCCAUAUAAGAAUAAACUUGUGUGCUGGAUUGUGAGCAACUGGAACUCAAACACACACAAGCGUUCACAAUACUAUGAAAAUUUAAAGCAACAUAUCAGUAUAGAAACCUACGGACACAGCUUCAGAAGGCCUGUUAGAGAUGAAGAUUAUUUAGAUUUGGUGUCCAGCUGUAAAUUCUACUUGUCCUUUGAAAACUCUAUUCAUAAAGAUUACAUCACAGAAAAACUCUACAACCCUCUGAAUCUCGGCACUGUUCCUGUGGUUCUCGGUCCACCAAGGAAAAACUAUGAGGAAUUAAUUCCAGGCAAUGCCUUCAUCCAUGUGGACGACUUCUCCUCCCCUAAAGAACUAGCUGAACAUCUUAAGCUUCUGGACCAAAAUGAGAGUUUGUACAGGCAGUACUUCACCUGGAGAGAACAUUUUGUUUCAAGUACAACCUCCUUUGGCCUUGAGCACGCCUGCUGGGCUUGUGAUCAUAUCCGAAGAAACAAGAACUAUAGAGUAGUUAAUGAUCUCAGCAGCUGGUACUGGGGUUGAAGGAUGUUAACCACAGACUUCAAUCAUGGCAGAUGCCAUAUUUUUUUUGUCAAGAAUGAAACUGUAAAAAGAUGUGCUGUAAAAAAGUAAUUUAGCAAAGUUGAACAAAAACAUCAAGGGUACAUGAUGCAUUGAGACUUAGUUCUCAUUUUGGCAAUAUGUUAUUGAUCUCUUGACAAGCAUUGUUUAGCAACACAAACAUUAAUAUCACAGUCCUAUAACAGAAAACUGAAAUUCAAAAUCUGUCAAUUCAGCAUAAUAAUGUAUGAAUUGAAGGCCUCCUGUAUUGUCCUUGCAGUAAACUUUUUUUAUUGGAUUGUUGAUUAUUAUUUAUGGGUUUCUGCCAUAUCUGGAAAACUGUUGUAACAUCACAGAGUCAAAGCAUUAUACUUUUCAGUGCCCUAAAAAGAUCAG